AGUGGCAAUUGAUAAUUGGGACAAAUCAUACAAAAUACACGAACCAUUGGUAUCAGCUUCAGUAUCAACCGCUCUGCAUGAUGCCAUAGUAAAGAAUUCAUGUGGUCAGGAUAGUUUCAUGCACCCAGACGAAACUCCAUUAAGCAGAGCGUCAUCAAGAACAUUUAACGAAUUGUAG